AUGAACAAUCCAAGUGCAAAUAAAUCAUUGGCUUCUACAAAAACUCGCCUGAAUGAGCUCAUUUCUUGGAGGUUAAUCAAGAAAAACCCAUCAGGUGGAUUAAUAUGGGGUAUUUUUGGAGCAUCAUUAAUAAUUAAUAGUUAUUUUUGGAUUCAUUUUUUGAGACGUAAAGAAUAUCAAGUCGAUCAUAAAAAACGCAUGUGGAAUGAACGUUUUGAAAUGCUUGAAAAUCCCAUUAAGAUGAAAUUGUAUUAUUCAUCUGAUGAAAUGGUACCAAAACCAUGUCAAUCACUGAUAGAUGUUUACAAAAAAAUGCAAGAAGCAGAAUCCAAUAAAUGUAUAAUAGUUAAAGAAUGUAAAUGUGAAAAUGAUUCUAUAAAUGAAUAA